CAUUCCUCGAUAUAUACACUCAAUUCCAUCCUUCAUUUUUUUGGCAUAGCACCGGCUGCAAUCCUCUAGUAGGGAUGAAUGACAAGCUGAGUCAUGUCGUCGUCUCCGCCUCACGAUGAACGGUCAACACCACCACGCUUGGAUACCAAUCUCCCCCAUCGGCUCACCAAUGACUCUCGUGGGUACUCUGAAAAGCAGCUGCCUUCGUCCGCCGCGACCACCGCUACGAACCAUCGAUCUUUGAGAGACCCUUUGCACAUUGGAAAGGAUCUUAUACAUCGGCGGAGAGCGAUUCUAUCGGAGGGAGUCCACAAGAAGAAGAUUGUAAAGUUACCGUGGUUGCGAAAACCUAGAGAAGGGAACGAUGGGAAAUGGUUAAGGGAAGAGGAUGAAGCGACGGAAUGGUUGAGCUUGUUCUAUGAUCUUGUUGUCGUUGCUGUUCUCACCGUCUUCUCUUCCACGCACGAAAUCAGGACACCAGAUGCCAUCAGUGUUUUCCUCUCGUACUUUGUGAUUAUUCACUGGGUGUGGACCUCCCAGACGACCUAUGAUAUCCAAUAUCAAGCGGACGAUAUCUAUCAUCGUUUCGUCAAAUCACUCCAGAUUGCCGUCUUCGUUUACAUCGGGUCAGGGAGUGGGAAAUGGAAUCCAGGAUCCAUUCAGGAUCCAAGCUCUAUGCCGGGGAUAUCGAAUGAGGAGUCUAUCGCUCAUUCUCAAGCUCUGGAAAGCUUCACAACCGUAGGCAGUGCGUACGCUGCGUCUAGAUUCCUCAUGUGUGUCCAGUACUUGGUCUGCUGGCUGUUAGGCCGUCGAUUGAGAAGGCCACUGGCUUCGGUCUACAUCUCCAUAGGGACGUUCUUUGCAUCUUGCAUAUUGAUUGUGGCAGCUGUGACCCUCCCUUCAACAUCACCAUCGCAUGUGAAAGCGAAAAUCUGUCUGCUGUACGCUUCCAUCCUACUGGAGCUGCUGUCCAUUCGGGUCAAGAUCUAUCUCAAGCAGCACGGAAACAUUGACAGUGGAAAUGUUGCUGAGAGAUACGGUGCUUUUACCUUGAUCAUCUUAGGUGAAGGUUUCAUAUCGAUCAUUCGCGCCAUGAACGAUACGAUCACGAGCAUCAGUGCAAAGGUCUCCGUCACUUAUGCUCAAUUGGUACUGGCCAUCUUCAUCCUCGUCAUGCUUUGGCACAUCCUGUUUGGUCGAUUCGACAAGUCCGACAAGGUAUCGCCCGUUCGAGCGCUACUAUGGGAAGGUGUUCAUUUCCCGCUUCACUUUGCCCUGUUAUUGCUGCUGGCAGCGAUGGUCAAUACUGUCAUCGACUUGUCAGUGUACAACGGCGUCCAAGCAGUUAUCAAUUCGUACCUAGACGUCACGAGCUACAUUGCGAAUGGUACGGAAGUCCCGGAAUCUCUCCAAACGUACACCGAAAGUCUCCUCGGUCGACUUCCCCUUGAGCCGCCGUAUGAAACACAUUAUCAUAUUUUGAUGAACCUUUCAGAGAGUCAAGAUCCAGCCAUUGACGGCACAAUCCUGAGCGAUCAAUACUUUGGACAGAUCGUUGUUGUGACGUUUGAGAGCUACGGGGUGGAACCCUCCGAAGAGGCAGAAGACACUUACAAUCAGCUCUACUCCCUCAACACUAGCCAUACUGGACCGGAUCUGAUUGAACGUCAGCAGGAGAGUGCGGAUCUCGUCAUCAAUCUGUCAACGAUCAUCGCCGAAGCUUCCCUGAGUGGUAUUACCUGGUUGUUCCCAUCAGCAGGCAUCGUACUGAUAUGUGCAACGAUCCGAUCGACCCUGUGGUACAGAUUCGAAGGCAUCGGACACUGGAUUGUUCACUCUCUACAGUUUGGCACUGGAGUCAUCUUGUGUCUCAUGACACUGUUGGACAUUGGCCCUGAGACUAUCAAUGUAACUGCGGAUGACAUAUUGGCCGGUACAGCCCCCAUAUAUCAGCUAUUAGGGACUCAGACACCAUUAAUCAUCAUCGCCGCCGCGUUCUUCAUACAGACCUUCGUGACCUUGUUCAUACUGGACAUCGUGAAUCGACUGAAGGGCGGAGUGUUUGAUCAGAGGACCAGGACACAGCGAGAAGAGGAUGCGGAGGGGGAAGGGGAGGGGGAAGGGGAGGGAGGAGAGCGGGAGCAUCACGAGCGACAUGAUGCAACUCAUUUGAAUGGUGCCUCGGGGACACAUGAUAAUUCAGGGGAGGACAUUGAGCGCGUCAAGUUGGCUUAGGAUGGCCAGGGUAGAUAGAACGAUUUCUGAUGACUUUUCACGAUCUGGACAUUGGUAUUGCGUGUCAUCUGUAAUGCAUUAUGCAGUG